AUGGCUUCCUCCUCAAAGCCCCAGAGUUCCUUGCUUUACACCUGUAUCGCACACCGCAACACCAUCCUGGCGGAGCACUCCUCUCCAGGAUCAUCAUCCACAUCCGCAUCCUCACUCGCAUCCCUCAUCCUCCCCAAAAUCACCCACGACAAGCCCCGGAAGUUAACAUACACCCAUGAACGCCUGUUCGUACACUACAUUGCCGACUCGCCAACCGGCGGGUCGGCAGACGAUCAAAGUGGACGUUCCGAGCCCAACUCCUACGCACCUAUAAGCUACCUAGUAGUAGCAUCCGCCGAACAAGGACGCCGCAUCCCCUUCGCCUACCUCCUAGAAAUGAAGCGCAAUUUCCUCUCCAGCUACCCACCAUCCAGCACAGACUUUUCCUCGCUGCCAGCAUACGGCUGCGCAGCCUUCAAUACAGAACUCCGCAGCCUGCUUCAGACAUACAACACUGCUCCACCCGCAGACUCCUUGGCGUCUGCCCGCCGCGAGAUUGACAAUGUACGCGACAUCAUGACGGAGAAUAUUGAGCGCGUACUGGAACGCGGCGAGCGCAUUGAUCUACUAGUUGACAAGACUGAUCGGCUUGGUGGGAGUGCGCAUGAUUUUCGCAUCCGCAGUCGGGGGUUGCGUCGGCGCAUGUGGUGGAAGAAUACUAAGCUCAUGGUGCUCCUCGGCUUCGUAGUGAUCUUCCUUCUGUACCUGUUUAUUGGGUUUGGAUGUGGACUGCCAGCUUGGUCGUCAUGUGUAGGACACAAGAGCCAGUGA